AUGAAGAGAAUAUGCACAGAAUGUGGGUAUGAUAUUGAGAAACCUGUAGUGAGAGUAAUAAAUGGAGAAAUGGCAGAAUGGUUAGUGCGGGAAGGAAGACUAAUGGACAAAAUUGGACACAUGGAGGGCAGUAUGCCCUGUGAGCAGGAUUGGAAGGAGUAUAUAGCAAGUAAGGGUGUUACAGAAAAAGUCAAGGACAUUAGCAAGAAGCUGCCUGAGGGUGCCCUUCACUGCAAUGAACACAACCACGGCGUGCACACACAACAACUCAGCCUAAGGGCUGGUAGAAUGCUGUUUGAACAUGCCUCCCUCCAGAAGAAUAUCGACGUCAGUACUACGUCCCUCGGGAGUCUUGACAGCAUCUUUAACAGCAACAAUCCUGGAAACACAGACAGAAUCUACAACAGCGCCACAGGAGCCUUCGGUAAUGACUUCGAAAGCUCUAUAGGUACUAUCAGCACAAAUGAUCCCAAAAGUGUAGCAUCCUCCAUAAGCACCUUUCACGUGGACACAAGUAGCAAAGGAAGCCAUGAGGAUGUAGCCUCCAAUAAUCAAUCUACCAUAGGUGACUCCAUCCUAUUCGAUAUUCCUGAUAAUAACAGCGUCAGCAGUCAUAACUCAGGUUCUACAGCAUGGAGUACGGCGACAGGUUCGAGCACAGCCUCCGGAAGCACUACCUCGCACAGUUUCCACAAAAGGAAAAGACCCAAAUACUACGACGGCUCAUAUGAAGAUUUACAAACCGUAGAAGAAAGAGAACAAAUGCAGAGAGCCAAGGAAAUGGCACAGAGGAAAAAAAUUCUGGAUGAAUCUAAUUACGAUCUCGAAAAUGUCGGAAACAAUUUCAAAGGACACUUGAACAAAUAUGACAUACAAAAUAAAGAUAAAAACAAUUACGAAUUUAACAGUGAAAAAUCCCUAGAUUCAAGAUUAAAGGAAAAGAACGACGCAGAACACAAAUCACGUAAGGACCGCAAGAAACGUUCUAGGAAAAGUAGAAAAUCUAAACGCACAGCAGAAAGCGAAGCCGAAAGCGAAAGUGACUCCUCCUCAUACCUCUCUAAUGACACAAUCGAUCAAUCAGAUGAAUCUAUUUUUGGAGUUAACCAACGUGAUACACUGCUAAAAAAAAUAAGAGAAUGUAGUCCAGAAGACAGAGAAAAAAUGAGAAAAAUUUUGAAAAAACUUAAAAAACAUAGAAAAAAUACAAAAUUGGAAGAUUUAGAGCAUGCACUAAGUUAUGAAUUAGAGGGAUUCACGACACAUUCAAAUACUGAUGAUGAUGCAAGCAGUACCAUUACUAGCAGCACUUCUGGUACUAUACCUGACAGUGUAAGUGACUCGUCCCCAUUUGUAGGAAGACGACAAAGCGCAAAGAAACGGUCCAAGGAAAACCCCGGGAAUGACAUCAAAGAACUCAGAUCAUACAUCGACCAAACCAUGGAUGGGAAUAAUGCCGAAGUUGCCCACUUGCUAGUUAACAAAAUUGAAAAAUACAAAGAGAAAGUCACCAAACUGAAAGAGAAAAACAUGCAGGACGUGAACUACAUGAACAUGAAACACAAGCACAAAUUGAAGAAGUUCCUCUACUUCGUCCCACUUAUUACCCUCGCCACGAUUGUCGUGGUAGGUUUACUUGUCGCUUCCAUCUGGAACGCACCAGGUCUUAUUGGUUACAUUAUUGCUGCGCUGGCUUUCGUCUUUGGAUCCCUCAUAUGCUAUGGAAUUAUGGGAAAAGUCAUGUUCAAUUCUGCCCUGGGCAUGAUUGAUGGCCUAUGGGGCGCACACCCGUAUAUGGCUGUGGAUUACAUCAUAAUCUGA